UUGGAAACCUGACCAUGCCCAGAGAUAGGGACUCUCUUGUGGUUGGUAGGGUUAUAGGAGAUGUUUUGGACCCUUUUACAAGCUCUGUCUCUCUUAGAGUAUUUUAUGGUACUAAGGAGGUCAACAAUGGUUGUGAGCUUAAACCUUCCCAAAUUGCCAACCAACCUCGGGUCGACAUUGGUGGGCAAGACCUAAGGACCUUUUACACUUUGGUUAUGAUUGAUCCGGAUGCUCCUAGCUCAAGUGACCCCAAUCUAACGGAAUAUUUGCAUUGGUUGCUGACUGAUAUUCCUGGAACUACCGGGGCAACCUUCGGACAAGAAGCGGUGUGCUACGAGAGUCCUCGACCGACGGCGGGCAUUCAUCGAUGUGUGUUUGUGUUGUUCCGGUAAAUGGGAAGACAAACGGUGUUCGUGCCGGGGUGGCGUCAGAACUUCAACACCAAAGAGUUUGCUGAGCUUUAUAACCUUAGUUUGCCUGUUGCUGCCGUUUAUUUCAACUGCCAGAGGGAGAGUGGCUCCGGUGGCAGGACCAGGAGAUCAUCGAUCCUUGCCAUCAAUAUCAUUACAUACAUUUAUAUAUAUAUAUAUAUAUCAAACAUAUAUGAUGACUCUGAAUAUCAUCAGCGCUCUUUAUUAAAAUGUCAUUUAAGCUUUAUCUCUCUCUCUCUCUCUCUCUCUCUCUCUAUAUAUAUAUAUAUAUAUAUAUGUUAAGAUCGAACAAGACUUAAACAACCACUACAAUAUGUGUAUGUGUUUGUAUCUCUAUUGUAGGUAUUUCAG